GUGAAGGCAAAGCCCCUGGACUGGCCAGACGUCCCCUUGUAGCCCUGGUAGAGUCAAGAUGAGGUCCCAUCAUGCCCCUCAGUGAGGCCUGCAGCCUGAGCAGAUAGCAUGGCCUGCCACUGGAGGUGAACACCAUGGCUACUGGAGGUGGCCGAGCCUUUGCUUGGCAGGUGUUCCCCCCCAUGCCCACCUGCCGGGUAUAUGGCACAGUGGCAUACCAGGAUGGGAACCUGCUAGUGUUGGGGGGCUGUGGCCGGGCUGGACUGCCCCUGAACACUGCUGAGACACUGGACAUGGUCUCGCAUACAUGGCUGGCACUGGCGCCCCUGCCCACUGCCCGGGCUGGUGCAGCUGCUGUGGUACUGGGCAAGCAGGUGCUAGUAGUGGGCGGUGUGGAUGAAGGCCAGAGCCCAGUAGCUGCUGUGGAGGCCUUUCUGGCUGACGAGGGCCGCUGGGAGCGCCGGGCCACCCUCCCUCAGGCAGCCAUGGGGGUUGCGACUGUGGAGAGAGAUGGUAUGGUGUAUGCUCUGGGGGGAAUGGGCCCUGAUACGGCUCCCCAGGCCCAGGUUCGGGUGUAUGAACCCAGACGGGACUGCUGGCUUUCACUACCCUCAAUGCCAACACCCUGCUAUGGGGCCUCCACAUUUCUGCAUGGGAACAAGAUCUAUGUCUUGGGGGGCCGCCAGGGCAAGCUCCCAGUGACUGCUUUUGAGGCCUUUGAUCUGGAGGCCCGUACCUGGACCCGACACCCAAGCCUGCCUAGCCGCCGGGCCUUUGCUGGUUGCGCCAUGGCCGAAGGCAGCGUCUUUAGCAUGGGUGGCCUGCAGCAGCCUGGGCCCCACAAUUUCUACUCCCGCCCACACUUUGUCAACACUGUGGAGAUGUUUGACCUGGAGCAUGGGUCCUGGACCAAGCUGCCCCGAAGCCUGCGCAUGAGGGAUAAGAGGGCCGACUUUGUGGUUGGCUCCCUUGGGGACCAUAUCGUGGCCAUUGGGGGCCUAGGAAACCAGCCGUGCCCUCUAGGCUCUGUGGAGGGCUUCAGCCUAACACGGCGGCGCUGGGAGGCACUGCCUGCCAUGCCUACGGCCCGCUGCUCCUGUUCUAGUCUGCAGGCUGGGCCCCGGCUGUUUGCCAUCGGGGGUGUGGCCCAGGGUCCCAGUCAAGCUGUGGAGGCAUUGUGUCUGCGUGAUGGAGUCUGAAUGCCUGAUGGGACCUGUCCCCUGGAGCAGCUCAGUGCCAAAAGCAGAUGCCUGUGGUUCCUUUUGCUGCCAAGGAAGCUCACUGUGGCUCUGUGGGAUGAGGGAGGCACAGGGCGGGGCACUUGAGUCACUGCCUCAGGGAUUUGGGGGUGGCUUUCUCAUCUUUAGCGCAGGACAUACAUACGCUUAUACCCACAUUUACCCCCCCAUUCAUUCAUGGACCAUGCCCAGCUCCACCCUUGUUCUGGAACCUACUAGGCCCUCUGUCCAACUGGGAAGUAGGGGAAGGGAGAGCUGGUCUCGUACCACAGGGUCAGUGCCUACCUGGAGUUGAGUUGAUCAGCCCCACCCCAAUGGCUGUUCCUGAAAAAUCCUGUCAGCCGGCCUUGAAGGCCCCUUUGGAUCCAGGAGAGUUCAGAGAGGGUGGGAACACAGAGGGGUGGAGGGGUGGAUGUAGGAACCUCCAGAGGGCCAGAAGAAUGUUGGUUUUGGGCUCUUUACACUGCUGGCUGUGUGACUUUGGGCGAGUCAUUUCACCUCUCUGUGCCUCAGCAUCCUCAUCUAUAAAUGAGGAUCUCUGAAACCUUCCUGCCCUACCUACCUCACAGGGCUGUUGUGAGGACCUAGGGAGUUCAGAUGUGGAAGUAAAAGUGCUGCUAAAAUCUGGUA